AUGGACUCUGUUUCUUCAUCCUUCAUCUCCACAUUCCCUCUCCGUCACUCUCUUCUUCGCCGCCGAUCUUCCUCUCAUCUACUCCUCCGUAUCAAUUCCGCCGUCAUCGAAGAACGUUCUCCGGCUAUUAACCCUAGCGAAAACAAUGGUCGUCGUCGUCAAACCACUCUCCCUCAGAGCAAACCUAAUAACCUCCACAGUCGAACAAAUCAAAACACAGUUUCAUCUCCGGCGAAGCACCGACCCGAAAUGAAUUUCGUAACAGCUUUAUUCACGACCUGCGAAGACGUAAUCAACACGUUUAUCGAUCCACCGUCACGUCCUUCCGUCGAUCCAAAACACGUCCUCUCCGAUAACUUCGCUCCUGUUCUCGACGAGCUUCCUCCAACGGAGUGUGAGAUCAUCCACGGCUCUCUCCCUCCGUCUCUUGACGGUGCGUACAUCCGUAACGGUCCAAACCCGCAGUUUCUCCCUCGUGGUCCUUACCACCUAUUUGACGGUGACGGCAUGCUUCACGCGAUUCGAAUCCGCAGCGGCAAAGCCACGCUCUGUAGCAGAUACGUCAAGACUUACAAGUAUAACGUGGAGAACAAAACCGGAGCUCCGGUGAUGCUUAAUGUGUUUUCCGGAUUUAACGGCGUGCCGGCGUCGGUGGCUCGCGGCGCUUUGACGGCGCUUAGGGUUAUAGCUGGACAGUAUAAUCCGAUCAACGGCAUUGGAUUGGCUAAUACGAGUCUAGCUUUCUUCUGUAACCGUCUCUUCGCUUUAGGAGAGUCUGAUUUGCCAUACGCCGUUAGAUUAACGUCCGAUGGAGAUAUCGAGACGAUCGGACGUCACGACUUCGACGGGAAAUUAGCGAUGAGCAUGACGGCUCACCCGAAAAUCGAUCCGGAAACCGGAGAGAUGUUCGGUUUCCGGUACGGACCGGUUCCUCCGUUUCUAACGUUUUUCCGGUUCGAUUCCGCCGGGAGAAAACAGAGAGACGUACCGGUUUUCUCGAUGACGUCUCCGUCCUUCCUCCACGACUUCGCGAUCACGAAGCGGUACGCGAUUUUCUCAGAGAUCCAGCUCGGGAUGAGGAUGAAUCCGAUGGAUUUGGUGUUUGAAGGAGGAUCUCCGGUUGGUACUGAUAACGGCAAAACGCCGAGGCUGGGUGUGAUUCCACGUUACGCCGGAGACGAAUCGGAGAUGAAAUGGUUUGAAGUUCCUGGAUUCAACAUCAUUCACGCCAUUAACGCUUGGGAUGAAGACGAUGGAAACUCAAUCGUUUUGAUCGCUCCGAAUAUAAUGUCGAUCGAGCACACUAUGGAGAGGAUGGAUCUGGUUCACGCCUUGGUGGAAAAGGUUAAGAUCAAUCUCGUCACCGGAAUCGUGACACGUCAUCCGAUCUCCGCCAGAAACCUCGAUUUCGCCGUGAUUAAUCCGGCUUUUAUCGGGAAGAAGAGCAGGUACGUUUACGCGGCGAUCGGCGAUCCGAUGCCAAAAAUCUCAGGGGUGGUGAAACUCGACGUGACUAGAGGAGAUCGGGACGAUUGCACGGUGGCGCGAAGAAUGUACGGUCCAGGUUGUUACGGCGGCGAGCCGUUUUUCGUAGCUAGGGAUCCUGGUAAUCCGGAGGCGGAGGAGGAUGACGGUUACGUGGUGACGUAUGUUCAUGAUGAGGCGGUCGGAGAGUCUAAGUUUCUGGUGAUGGAUGCCAAGUCGCCGGAGCUUGAAAUUGUCGCCGCCGUGAGGUUACCGCGAAGGGUUCCUUACGGAUUCCACGGGCUAUUUGUGAAGGAGAGUGACCUUAAGCUUGAAGUAUAG